GACUCAACCAUAUUCAGAGACAUACCAGUAAGACAGAUGUCUACAGAAUUUCAGCUGCAUAAUGAAAGAUAGCAUUGAGCCUACUGUGAAAUUAAAGCUGGUGAAUGUACCUGGCUCCAUGGCACCACCCAAGGGUUCACCACAGCAGAGAGAACAGUGGGCCAGUAAGAUGGAGUUUAUUCUGGCUGUUGCAGGACAUAUCGUUGGUCUGGGAAAUGUGUGGAGGUUUCCGUAUCUGUGUUACAAGAAUGGAGGUGGAGCUUUCUUUGUGCCAUACUUGCUGUUCCUAUUUUCCUGUGGCAUCCCUCUCUUCUUCUUGGAGACAUCACUGGGCCAAUACACUAGCCAGGGUGGCAUCACAUGCUGGAGGAAAAUUUGCCCUCUUUUUGAAGGACUGGGCUAUGGUAGCCAAAUUGUGAUCCUGUACACUGGAAUCUAUUACAUCAUUAUUCUGGCCUGGGCAUUUCUCUACCUUUUCUUCUCAUUCAGCUCAGAACUCCCAUGGGCUAACUGCAAGAAUAGCUGGAACACAGAGUAUUGCAUGGAAUUUAGCAAGAACAGCACAACUGAUAAUAUUCCAGACAAAAUUACAUCCCCAGUUGUGGAAUUCUGGGAAAAAAGAAUUCUGGGUUUGUCUGGUGGCAUUGAAGAAAUAGGUAAUCUGAGGUGGGAGCUGGCUCUGUGUCUCCUGCUGGUCUGGACCAUUUGCUACCUCUGUGUGUUUAAUGGAGUGAAGUCUACAGGCAAGGUCGUCUACUUCACUGCAACGUUUCCUUAUUUGAUGUUGAUGGUGCUGUUAGUGCGUGGACUGACGCUGCCUGGAGCAACUAGUGGUAUUACAUUUUAUCUCUACCCAGAUCCUACUCGCCUCACAGACCCACAGGUGUGGAUGGAUGCAGGUAGCCAGAUAUUUUACUCCUAUGGAGUAUGCACAGGAACUCUGACAGCUUUAGGAAGCUAUAAUAAAUAUGACAACAACUGUUACAAAGACUGCCUGUACUUGUGCUUGCUAAACAGUAUGACAAGUUUUGUGGCUGGUUUUGCCAUUUUUUCUGUGCUUGGCUUUAUGGCAGAUGAACAGGGAAUGGACAUUUCUUUGGUGGCAGAGUCAGGUCCUGGGCUGGCAUUUAUUGCUUACCCACGUGCAGUGGCCAUGAUGCCUCUUCCUCAGUUAUGGGCAGUUUUUUUCUUCAUUAUGAUCCUUUUCCUUGGGCUGGACAGUGAGUUUGUUUAUUAUGAAGCCCUGGUAACAACAAUCUCAGACAUGUACCCAUCGUUUUUCUAUAAUGGACACCGACGUAAAAUUCUACUUCUUCUAAUCUGUCUAGUCAGCUUCCUUGUUGGCCUGGUAAUGGUAACAGAGGGUGGACUGUAUAUCUUUCAAUUAUUUGAUUAUUACGCUUGCAGUGGAAUGACUUUGCUGGCCUUCGCCAUUCUUCAGUCCAUCUGUGUAGGAUGGGUUUAUGGAGCAGAUCGCUUAUACGACAAUGUUGAAGACAUGAUUGGUUAUCGUCCCUGGCCCCACAUGAAGAUCUGCUGGAAAUAUGUGACCCCUGUUAUUUGUUUGGGGACGUUUGUCUUCUCAUUGGUUAAGUAUGCUCCUUUAAAGUUGAACCUAUAUGAGUACCCCUGGUGGGGUUAUGCUCUCGGAGGCUUCUUCACCCUCUCUUCAACCAUGCUGGUGCCUUUAUGGAUGGUGUAUGCAUUUUGCAAGACCCCUGGCUCUUUAAGUCAGAGAAUGAAAACCCUAUGUACUCCUGCUGAAGAUCUGUUUAAUCGGAAACCACGUAAAGAUGGCGUCGCCUCUUGCACUUUUGAGACAUUCAAAGAUCUACAAACUUUACGUCAACCCUCGCCUGUAGAUGUAUGACCUUUGCAUUAUUAAGUCACCGCACCACUCUACACACGCAGAAACACUCUUUAACAGGCUGCCAAUCACAGAUCAUUUCUAUGGUUAUAGUUAUUAUCAUUAUUAUAACUGUAACUUAUUCAAAAGGUGAGCAUUUAUGUAUUAAUAGAUAAAUAUUAGAUAAACAGUAUCUUAAAUACUGUUUAUUCAAUACGGUAUAUUGAUAUACAUAAUCUAUGUGAACAUAGAAAGACCAGAGAUAUUAUGUUUCCCAAUA